GGCGAGAGUCCAGGCCGCGGAUGCUGAAACGGUUGCUAACGCUACAUGGUUGGUGACGCCGUCGUAGGAACUGAACAAUGCCAAGUAAAAGAUCCAGUGGAUUUGUUUCUUUCUGGGCAAGUUGUAAAAAUAUGUGCCCCUAUGGUCCGUUAUUCAAAGUUGGCUUUCAGAACCUUGGUUAGGAAAUACAAUUGCGAUUUGUGUUAUACACCAAUGAUAGUGGCAGCUGAUUUUGUGAGAUCUGCAAAAGCUAGAGACAGCGAAUUCACAACAAACAAAGGUGAUCAUCCACUGAUUGUUCAGUUUGCUGCUAAAGAAGCACAGGUUUUAUGUGAUGCUGCCCGUAUCGUCUGUCCUUUUGCGGAUGGGAUAGACCUAAACUGCGGCUGCCCUCAGAGAUGGGCAAUGGCAGAAGGUUAUGGUGCUUCCUUAAUAAAUAAACCGGAGCUAGUUCGAGAUAUGGUGAGACAUGUAAGGAAUCAGAUCAACAACCCUAGAUUUUCAGUGUCUAUUAAAAUAAGGAUCCAUGAGGACUUAAAAAGAACCGUUGACCUGUGUCGAAAAGCUGAAGCAACUGGGGUUUCAUGGAUUACAGUACAUGGGAGAAAGGUAGAAGAAAGACAUCAGCCUGUACAUUAUGAUGCAAUUAAAAUUAUUAAACAAAGUAUGUCUAUACCUAUUGUGGCUAAUGGAGACAUUAAAACUUUAAAAGAUGCUGAAAAUGUUCAUCACCUGACGGGAGCAGAUGGUGUAAUGGUGGCUAGAGGACUCCUAGCAAAUCCAGCUAUGUUUGCAGGAUAUGAAGAGACACCUUUGAAGUGCAUCCAGGACUGGGUUGACAUUGCUCUUGAGCACGGGACUCCUUUUACAUGUUUUCACCAUCACUUAAUGUACAUGAUGGAACGGAUAACUUCAAAACAAGAAAAAAAAGUUUUUAAUGUUUUAUCAAGUACCUCAGCAGUUUUAGAUUAUCUGAAUGAUCAUUAUGGUUUAUGAUACCUUAAACCAGGUAUCUAAGUAUUGUAUGAAAACUUGUAUUUUGAAAUUGCUGAUACAUUGUUACAGUUUUACUUGGGCUCCUAUUUAUUAGUCAAAUUCAUACAUUGUAUAAAUAAUUUCAAUACAGUAUAACAUUAUGAUCAGGCUGAUGCUUUAUAUUUUUGAUAUUUUUAUAUCAGCCUUUUCUCCUCAAGAAGCAGUCCAAAUUCCAUAAAUGUGGAAUUCUAUUUACAAUGCAUUACUCUACAGAGGAUUGACUGUUACAAGACUCCAGUAACUUAUAACUGCACAAGACAAUUGCUUACAACAGUAUGUUUGCAAAUCUGGGACCUUUCUUGCUUUAACUUCCUAAAAUCAGAAGGGCUACUUAUAAAUAAGACCAACAACUUCAAAGCAAAAGAAUCUAAGGGGAGCAAUUAUAGAAAUAUUUGCUUUAUCUAGCAGAAAUUGUACUUUGGAGUAGAUUUUAUGUUUAAAGGUAGUGAGACCUUGAAGCCUAGCAUAGUAUACUCUUUUAAAUUAAUGUUCCUUUUGCAGUUUAAAACUUUACAUACAACUCUGCAAAGUUCCAGAUUUCACAUGGUGAAAAAAACCUGGAACAGAUAAAAGAUGACAGAAAGAAUAAGAAAGUAAGAUGAAGAAAUGGUUUAAAUUCCGUUUCCUACCCAUAAUUCAUUGUCCAGUGGAAGGUACCUAUUUUGCUGGUAAAUUGUACUCAAAGUAUUUAUGGUACCAUCUCAAGUGAAGAAUGUCUUAUGCUUGUGCUUAAAACAAAGUCAGAGGGACUGCGUUGAAACAUCCUUUAAAAGCAUAGUUAUAUAGCGUACAAGACUGGAAUGUUCAGACUAACUAAAUACAGUUUUAUCUACUGUAAAAUAAUUAUAUAAAAGAUUAAAUCCCUUUCACCUACCA